AUGGGUCCCUCCAAGACCCCAGCUUUGCAAAUGGACUAUCGGGCGCCUUUCCUUAAUUUGAAGUCGCCGUGGUGCUUGGUUUCGUUUUCGGCUGUUCAGAUGGAUCCCAUCACCAGCGAUCUCACUGUUCUUCAGGUCAUUCAAACAGGAGCGCAAGCUUCAGCUCAUUUGUAUGGAUAUGUUGCUUCCGUCCGUAGUGAAACUAUAAGAUUGGUACUGAGCAGAUCAGCCAACGUUUCUCGAGGAGAGUGGGCAGACUUGGUCCUGAGCCUCGCUAACGUCAUCUGGACCAUCCAACAGUCUGCAAUUGAAGCUAUGCUAGAGAGUGGCUUCAAACUGACUCGUACGAUCGUGAAUGCGUCAAGUUUUCAUGCGGCUAGCAUUAGAGCUACAGGAGGGUGGGGCGGAAUGCAAGAGUCCUCGUUCAUCCCAUCGCUCUCCAUCCAAAAUACUGGCGAGAGAGUCCCGCUGUUCAGGAGAAGUGCAGAUGCGGGUGCUGGAGCGCUGGCCGCAUGCAAGGGAAUGGGCAGAGCACGUGAAGGAAGGGUAGACAAAUAUCUGCAGAGAGACGAAGUUAGGAAUGGAAUUGGAAGAUACAAGCUCAGGAUUUUUAGAGCAGGUGCUGCGGCGUGGGGUGAAUGGGAAAUUAGAGAGGUAGAGAGGAUGAGGACAGGCGUGAGGCGUAGUAAAUAUUAG